UGUUUUGUUUUUGUUUUUUUUAAAUUAUGGGGUUCCAUAGGGUUCUAUGGGGUAAAAAGACGCAUCCCAUUUUUUCUAUUUUCGGUUCAUCGACAGACUAUGAAAGUGAACAGUAAACUUGUUUAUUGAAGGAAGUCAACGGUUUCGUUAUUAACUUAAAGAUUAUGUAAAAGCAUUUACACCUGGCUCAGGAAUGGACGACAGUGACAGCAAUGGAGGAGUGGAUCCGGAGAUUUUGGAGACGGAUGGUAAACAGUUUGCCCACCAAGCUGUGGAGUAUGACAGGACAGGAAAUCAUCCAAUGGCAGCCUUCUAUUACAAUGAGGCUGCUCAAGCUCUUCUGACUGCAGCUCUGGCUGGCUCUAAGUUACACGGCAUCAUCAACAAAGCUAAUGAGUACAUAUUAAGGGCAGAGGAGCUCAAGAAAGCCAUUAACACAGGACAUGUCCAGCCACAGCACGAGGAACAAAAGUCCGAGGAGAAGCUGAACACCGAGCGAGCAAACUUCCUUCUGCACCAAGCAUUUGAUGAAGACGAGGCUGGAAACCUCGCGGAGGCCAAGGAAUUGUAUACAGAAGCUGUAGAGGUCUUUCUCAAAAUUAGAGAUGGUACCACAGACAAAGGCAUACAAGAGAAGAUGACUAAAGUGGCAUCGCAAGCUUUAGACAGGGCAGAAGAUCUGAAGAAAAAGCUUUCAUCCUCUGGGACCGUAAAAAGUACCCCUUCCCUGAACAAGGUAGAAAACAAACCCCCUCCCCUGGGGUAUGGGGCGUUUUUGGAUGACGAUGAGAAGACGACGGUCUCCGCAGGAGGGAAACCAUCGCCGACCAAUGCUCCAAAGAGAGGCAGUCAGCUGAUAAACCUGGGGCCUUCUGGGUAUACCAAGGAAGAAAUCGAGGUUCUCAGGAAAACAUCUUUUAUCAAUGGGAGAGAAUAUGUUCCUUUCAUGAGUGUAGACAUGAAAGAGAAGUUUGCCUUCCCAGUGCCAUUUAGUGAUAAAUGUGGGAAGCUGGCACUGUCUCCAAAACAGAGGUCGAGUCUCAGGGACUGGGUUCGACCCGAGCAAUUCUGUGAUAGCCCCCAGAUCAUCUACGCCGUGUCUUGUUAUAGCAUAAAGCAGACCAUUGUCUCUGACUGUAGUUUUGUGUCAUCACUGGCCAUCAGUGCACAGUAUGAACGCAGAUUUAAGAAAAAACUCAUCACCAGCAUCAUAUAUCCUCAGAACAGAAAUGGAGACCCAGUCUACAACCCUUGUGGGAAGUACAUGGUGAAAUUAAACAUUAAUGGAGUUCCACGAAAGGUGACGAUUGACGAUUUUUUCCCGAUGGGACGUGAUGGAGAAUUACUCUGCUCAUUCUCCAACAACAAAAACGAGCUGUGGAUUUCUCUCCUGGAGAAGGCCUACAUGAAAGUGAUGGGUGGUUAUGAUUUCCCAGGAUCCAAUUCGAACAUUGACCUUCAUGCACUCACAGGGUGGAUUCCAGAAAGGGUGGCCAUUAAACGAAAUUCUGAGAAUUUUGACAAAGACAAGGAAUUCAAGCGAAUCCAUGAUAGGUUUCACAAAGGGCACUGUUUGAUUACCGUGGCGACAGGUGACCUGCACGAGAGUGAGGCAGAUCGAGCAGGCUUGGUGCCAACACAUGCAUAUGCAAUGUUGGAUGUUCGGGAGGCAAAAGGGAGAAAACUCUUUAUGUUGAAAAAUCCCUGGAGCCAUUUACGAUGGAAGGGGAAUUUCUCAGAGAACGAUGCUGUAAACUGGACACCAGAAUUACAGAAACUGUUGAACUAUGACCCCAAGAGUGCACAGCAGUACGAUAAUGGUGUUUUCUGGAUUGAUUAUGACUCAUUAUGCAGAUUUUUCGAUGUAAUUUACAUAAAUUGGAAUCCAGAAUUAUUUAAAUACACAACAUGUACACAUAGUAUGUGGGCAGCUAAAGAGGGUCCCAAGAGGGACUCCUACAACAUCAGCGACAAUCCGCAGUUCCGUCUGGAGAUCCGCGCCAAUCAGCCGGCGGCAGUUUGGAUCUUACUCACUCGACAUAUCACAGACAAGGAUGAUUUCGCUGACAACAAGGAAUUUAUCACACUGCUGGUCUACAAGUCUGAAGGGAAGAAAGUCUUUUACCCCUACAGUCCACCCCCCUAUAAAGACGGUGUGCGAAUCAACACGCCUCACUACCUCUGUAAAAUGGUGGAGGAGAAGGGAACCAGGCAAUAUACGCUGGUCAUCUCACAGUAUGAAAAGAACAACACCAUCCACUACACACUGAGAGUGUUCUCCUCCUGUGAAUUCAGCCUGACCAAGAUUAUUGACCCCUAUAAGAAGCAGUAUGAAAAGAGGUUGAAUGGUCAGUGGAAGGGGCGGUCAGCAGGGGGGUGUGGUAACUAUCGGGACAGUCACUCUAACAACCCGAUCUAUCAGUUCCGAUUGGACAACAAUCAGUCUGAUAACUUUAUACUGGUGGAGCUUCUAGGACCCAAGCAGUACAGUGUUGGAUUUGAGGUGACCUGUGUGUCAGAAAACAAUCCAGGGGCACCAGGGCAGUUUAAGAAAACCAGCUCAGGGGACUACAGAAAUGGCUACUGUGUUCUGCAGCUGGACAGAAUCUCAGGAGGCGUGUACAAUGUGAUGCCAAGUACAUUUCUUCCAGGACAGGAGGGGCCGUUUUUCUUGGACUUCAGCAGUUCUAGCCCCUUAACAGCUGUCCAGAUUCAGUGAAGACUGAGUCAACACAUUAAUCAAUUUGCCAUUCUUCUGAUUGUGAUUUAACACAGUGGAUGUUCUGGGGAUUAAGCAGACUCUGUAUUUUGGGGGAAGAGUCACUAGAUUAUUGGGAAUGAUCUGUUGGUCAGUGUGAUCAUGCAACAAGACAGUGAUGGCAUAGUUUUCAUUAAGUAGGUCAUGCAGACUGUUGAUAUGGUUGACUUCUAUCAUGGAAUGUAAUUAGCAUAUAGAACCUUAAAGCGAGUGCAAUUUUAAUUUUGUUUAUUCGGGUGAUUAAGUAUAAAAAUUUGAUCGAUAAGAACAAAUUGUGUUAUUUAUAGUAUAUAGAAUGUUAAUGACUAUAUCAACUCAAAAUCAAAUAAUUGUGAAAUAGCAAUAUUGCUAUUUACCUUGGAUAACUUAAUAAACCAUAGACAGCAUAUUUCAAUUAGAGUGUAAAAUACAUUAUUUUUCUCCACAGCAAGAACAUUUUUUUAAAUUGUUGAACUGUGGUACAGAUUGUAGAAUGGAUAUGUUAUUUCCAUUGAAUAUUGUUGGGGCAUGUUUCUGAAUAUAUAUCAAGAUUUGUAAGACCUAACUUUGACAUCACACUGGUGGUUGUCAUGGUUAUGCUUUAUUGAACAUGUACUAAUUGUGAUAAAUGUAUAUGAACUCCAUAUGUAUUUAUUGUUUUCUUUUAAUAAACAUAUGCAAUGUU